GAAGAAAAUGGGCGGGCCUUAUCGGCGACAUCUCCGAGUGCCUUGAACCAAUCGGGCCGCCUGGCGGGUCGUGUUCGUUAGAGUGUUGUAUUGAUAUGUCAGUGUUGUCUUAACAUUUUAUCGUUCCUGUUAAGUAUGGCGUCGUUUGUGACCGAAGUGCUCGCCAGCUCUGGCAAACUGGAGAAAGAGGACUUGGCCAGUAAAAUAAGCAAAAUGUCGCGUAAAGUGGAAGAUACAAAGGAGGAGGUGAGUGACAUGAUAAACAAGAGAUACAGUGAAUUCCUGCCAAGCCUUCAAGGAUCUGAGGACCUAAUGAUACAAGUUGAUGCAAUCUCCAGAGAAAUGGACUCUCUCAAAAACCACAUUGAGACAGAGGUGCAUCAGAACAUCAACGUGGCUGUGACUGAAUACACAAAGCUGAAGCAGCAGCUGGAGAAAAACACUACCAUCAUCAAAAUGCUGGAACACUUAAAAGAGUUUCACAGAUCAAUGGAGGAGUUCAACAAGGCUUUACUGGAGAAGAAGUAUGUGGAUGCAGCCAACCAUCUGGAAAGGGCCAGGAAAAGCGUGGAUUCACUGAAGGCCUGGAAAACGUCUCAUCUGCCGCUGCUCAGUGCAAUGAGCUCUGAAUUAACGGUGCAGAGAGAAAACCUAAUCUACCACCUGGGAGAUGAAUGGAAGAGCCUCCCUGCAGGUCAGCAGUCUUUCCUGCAGGUGGAACUGAGACUGAGUGAUGCCUGCAAGACCGAUGGUGACCCACAGCCGCCAGCUCUGCUGUGCUCUGUCCUGCAAGCCCUGGCCAUCCAGGGAGACCUCCAGCACAAGAUCAAACUCUUCAGUCGGGUUCUUCUGAAGAACAUGUUGAAGCCGCUGGUGAUGUACGCGGCGCUGUCGGUGAGGGUGUCCGAGCAGCAGGGCGAGGGAACCGUCCUGGCCCUGCAGUGUUUGGAGGAGAACCAGGAGGAGCGAUCCGCUCCCUCACAGGUCUACAGCAAACUGCUCCUGGUGCUCAGGACGCUGCACUCGCACCUCCUGGAUGUGUCCAUCGAGGAUAAAAAGCUCUCUGCUAUGCUAGGGGAGCUGAUUUGGGAGGAACUGUGUCAGUGUAUCAUCCACGAGUGUCUGGUCUACUCCAUCCCCACCAACAGCAGCCAGCUGGAGAAAUACAGCGCCGUGAUCAAAGAGACCCAGGAGUUUGAGAAGGUCCUGAAGCAGAUGGAUUAUCUGCAGGGGGACUCCACAGAUCUGCUCAAAUACGCGAGAGACGUCAACUGUCACUUUGCCAGCAAGAAGUGUAAGGACGUCAUUGUGGCUGCACGCAAGCUCAUGACCUCCAAGAUGCACAACACUGUCAAAAUCACACCCGACUCCAAGCUGCGUCUCCCCAAGCUGUCCGCUCCGAGUUCGGAGGCCAAGAUAAAGCAGGAGGCCGCAAUGGUAGACCUCACCAUGGAGAACGCGAAGCAGCUCUCUGCCUGGAGCCUCCGGCUGCCGGCGUGCCGCAUCAGCGAGUCGGUGCAGCAGCUUAUGGAGCUGGCGCUGCACACCCUGUGCGAAGCCUUGUUCUACGAUGUCGUGCCCACGUACCACAAAGAAAACCUGCUGAAGUUUCCUCAUCUCGCCGCCAUCCAGCACAACAACUGCAUGUACCUGGCUCACCACCUCCUCACCCUGGGUCACCAUUUCAGAGCCCACCUCCCCCAGCCGCUCAGCGAGGGCGUGGCAACCUUCGUCGACAUGGUGCCCGGGUUCAGGAAACUGGGCUCUCAGUGCUUCUUAGCCCAACUCAACGUCCAGAGAGCCGAGCUGCUGGAGAGACUCUCCACCGCUCACAACUUCUGCAACUUGGAUGAUGACGACAACUACAUUGCAGCCAGCAAAGCAGUGCGACAGGUCAUCCAUCAGCUGAAGCAGCUGGGGACGGUGUGGCAGGAUGUCCUUCCAGUGGGCAUCUACUGCAAAGCCAUGGGCACCCUCCUCAACACGGCCAUCACAGAAGUCAUGUCAAAAAUUAUGGCGCUCGAGGACAUUUCCUCUGAGGAUGGAGAGCACCUCCACACCCUGUGCCAAACCAUCAUCGAGGAAGGUCCAUUGGUCUUCAUCCCUCUGGCCGAGGAAAACAAGAACCGGAAAUACCAGGAAGAAGUGCCUCUCUAUGUGAAGAAGUGGAGCACCUUCAAAGAGCUGGUCAUUGUGCUGCGGGCGAAUCUGCAGGAGAUCGUGGACAGAUGGGCUGACAGUAAGGGGCCGCUGGCGGUGGAGUUCACAAGCUUGGAGGUGAAGAGCCUGAUCCGAGCCCUGUUUCAAAACACAGAGAGGAGAGCUGCCGCGCUGACCAAGAUCAAAUAGAACAGACUGAAGCCCUUUUU